AUGAAGUUCCUCGUUUCUCUUACGGCAGGUCUGCUGUCUAUUGGUGUGGCAUCCGCCUCGCCAGCCGCGCCGCUGAACAAGAGGGCUGUUUCCACCGACGGAAGCUGCGGAGGAGCAAAGGGCUUCACUUGCAAGGGUUCUCCGUACGGCGACUGCUGCUCACAGUAUGGAUGGUGCGGAAAAUCCGCGGAUCAUUGCGGAGCUACCUGCAACUCAGCAUUCGGCACAUGCACUGGUAGCACUACGUCAAAAGCAACUCCAGUCACGGUCAAGACUUCGUCGACACAGGCCCCGCCGCCGGCUUCGACACCGACUAAGAAGGUCUCACCAGAUGCGACAUGUGGUGGCACAAAGGGUUACACAUGUCUGGGUUUUGCUGAAGGCAACUGCUGCAGCGCGAGUGGAUGGUGCGGUUCGACAUCGGCAUACUGUGGAACUGGAUGCCAGGCAGGCUUCGGUAACUGUGGUAGCAAUACCGGAUCAGGAUCUUCCACCAGCAAGACUUCCUCAGCGGCACCAUCGUCAACACCAUCUGGAUCUGCUCUCCAAUGCUUGAACGGAAAGGAUGUGCCGUACAAGAUGACCUCGGAUGCCGAGUACUCUGAGCUUUCCGAGCCCUACAACCUGCGCGUACCUUUCAAGCCAGCCGUCAUUGUUCUUCCCACCACCAACCAGCACGUUCAAGAUGCCGUAGUGUGCGCUGCUCAAGCUGGUCUCAAGGUUCAGGCCAAGUCCGGCGGUCACUCUUACGCAAGCUUCAGCUCGGGUGGCAAGGACGGCGCUAUGCAGAUCAACCUCCAGUCUUUCCAGACCAUUCAACUCGACAAGGACUCUGGAAUUGCAACAGUCGGAGGAGGUGUUCGUCUGGGCAACCUAGGUGACGGUAUCUACACUCAAGGCAAUGCUGCCGUAGCCCAGGGUACCUGCCCCGGUGUCGGUAUCGGAGGUCACUACACACACGGCGGCUACGGCCACACUUCCCGCCACUGGGGAUUAGCCAUGGAUCAAGUUGUCGGAGCGGACGUCGUCCUCGCCGAUGGAUCUCUCAUCAAGGCCUCAUCCACAGAGUCCCCCGACAUCUUCUGGGCCAUCAAGGGCGCAGCCGAGUCCUUCGGCGUCGUCACAAAGUUCUACCUCCAGACCCACGCCGCACCCGCCAGCAUCACGUACUUCGAGUUCGGCUUCACCGGCAUCCACGACUCCAAGAGCGUGUGGACAAACACCUUCAUGCACAUCCAGGACGUCGCCAAGAACGCGUCCGUAGUCGACAACCGCGUCUCCUUCGGCAUCUACCUCGACAACUACGGCGGCUACAGCCUCAGCGGCGCCUUCUUCGGCAGCGUCUCGGAAUUCAACGCACAAGUCAAGCCCGAGCUGCUCCGCAGUCUCCCCAACCCCAGCGCCACCGUCCAGUCCAUGGCCUGGUACGACUACAUGGUCAAGGUAUCCGGCAAGACCAGCAUCAAAGAGCCUCUAACCGGGUAUGACGAGCACGAGGACUUCUUCGCCAAGUCCGUCACCGUCCCUGAAUCUACGGGCCUUACUUCCAACGCUCUGGACGCGCUGUACGAUUACCUCCAAACAGCCGACGGAACAGAAUACUACAUCAUCAUCAACCUCUACGGCGGCCCUGGCUCCGCUAUUAACAGCAAAGACACUGAGUUCGCUGCCUACAGCGACAGGGAUAGUCUGUGGGUGCUGCAGAACUAUGGGUACGGAGGUGAUUCCAUGGAGUUUAUCAAUGGCAUUAAUAGUGCUAUUAUCGAUGCGCAGCCGCAGACGUCGUUUGGCGCGUAUUUGAACUAUGUUGAUCCUAGUUAUGAUGCUGCGACGGCGCAUAAGCUUUAUUAUGGCGAUGCGGUGUAUGAUAGGUUGGCGGCGUUGAAGCAGAAGGUCGAUCCGAAGAGCGUGUUCUGGAACCCUCAGGCUAUUGGUACGUAG